AGAAGCAGCGUGGGACUCACUACUCACAGCACGUGUUAGUCACUGAUCAAAGAAAUAAUGCAAGAAUUUCUCAUUUCUAAAUUGUGUGGCAGUGGCACCUUUCGCCGAAGGAAAAUUCCAUGAAGUGGGUACUCGUCUUGUCUGAUCAGCCUGCCAAUCCCCCUUGACGAUCGUUCUCUGAAGUGUACACACAAGUCAUACUGAUCCAUAAUUUUACAAAGAACAAAAGAAAAGAAAAACUCGAUCUCUGCGACGGGUGUUUUCUCUUGUUGCAGCUGAGCCUGCCUGCAUCUGGGUGAAACAUGCCCGCCAUGGCUUGGACAUGGACCAUUGCCGCACUGGUGACGCUUGCUUUUCUCCUGCGAGAAUGGGCAUGGAAAAGAAGUAGCAACAAGAAGAAAUUACCUCCUGGUCCAAGAGGGUUCCCUAUCUUUGGGAACCUUCACAUGUUAGGGGAAUUACCUCAUCGCGAUCUCCAUCGACUUGCCCAAAAACAUGGCCCCAUCAUGUACUUGCGCUUAGGCUUGGUGCCUGGCAUCGUUGUCUCAUCGCCUCAGGCUGCUGAGCAAUUCCUUAAAGCACACGAUCUCGUGUUUGCAAGUAGACCACCUCUUGAGGCCGCAAAGUACAUCUCUUAUGAGCAAAAGAACUUGUCCAUGUCUCCAUAUGGCUCUUAUUGGCGCAACAUACGUAAGAUGUGCACUCUCGAAUUGCUUAGCAACCUUAAAAUCAGUUCUUUCAAAUCCAUGAGAAAAGAAGAGCUUGGCCUAUUGAUAGAGUUUAUGCGAGAGGCUGCCCGUGAUUGUGUUGCUGUUGAUCUGAGUGCCAAGGUUUCAUCUCUCAGCGCAGAUAUGAGUUGCCGUAUGGUGUUUGGGAAGAAGUACAUGGACAAGGAUCUUGAUGAGAAGGGAUUCAAGGCUGUAAUCCACGAAGGCAUGCAGCUGGGAGCAAUUCCCAACCUUGGUGAUUAUAUUCCUUGCCUUGCGCCCCUUGACCUGCAGGGGCUGACACGACGAAUGAAGGCUGUUAGUAAGACCUUUGAUGACUUUUUUGAGAAGAUCAUCGAUGAGCAUGUCCAAUCCAAGGAAGAAAAUAAGACCAAGGACUUCGUUGAUGUCAUGUUGAGCUUCAUGGGAUCUGAAGAAUCUGAGUACCGUAUUGAACGCUCCAAUAUCAAAGCCAUAAUUUUGGACAUGCUUGUAGGCUCAAUGGACACAUCAGCAACGGUAAUUGAGUGGGCACUGUCAGAACUAAUGAAGCAUCCGCCGAUAAUGAAGAAAGUUCAAAAAGAGCUGAAAGAUGUGGUGGGCUUGGAGAGGAUGGUGGAGGAAUCGGACUUGGAUAGCUUGGAGUACUUGGACAUGGUUUUGAAGGAAACCUUCAGGCUACAUCCAAUAGCACCGUUGUUGCUACCUCAUGAGGCCAUGGAGGAUUGCACUGUCAAUGGUUUCCACAUACCCCAGAAGUCUAAAGUGAUAAUAAAUGUAUGGGCAAUUGGGCGAGACCCAAGUGUUUGGAGUGAUGCAGAGAAGUUCUUCCCAGAGAGAUUUGUUGGGAGUGAUAUGGAUGUCCGGGGACGUGACUUCCAACUUAUCCCAUUUGGGUCCGGUAGAAGAGGCUGCCCGGGGAUGCAAUUGGGCCUAACUGUGGUUCGGCUAGUGGUAGCACAACUAGCCCAUUGCUUUGAUUGGGAACUUCCCGAUAACAUGCUACCAAAUGAGUUGGAUAUGACUGAGGAGUUUGGUGUCACAACACCAAGAGCCAAGCAUCUACAUGCAAUUCCUACUUAUCGCCUAUGCAAAUGAAAACAAGUCUUUUUCCUUGUCUAAACUUUAAUUUUGUACAAUUAACGCCUGGAUUUGUAGUUAACUUGUAUUUGCUAAUUGUAUGCUGCAUUCACUUAUCACAA